AUGAUCCUGUUCAUUAUCCUUGGAUCUAUCGGCUCAGGAUCAGCACAUAGUUGCAGUAGUUUACCAGAUAGUAUCCAUCAAGGAACCUAUGUAAACUGCAGUAACAGGAAUUUAACAAGCAUACCCAUUGAUCUACCGAGAAACACAACGAUUUUGGAUCUGAGCUUCAACAUUAUUUCAAGCCUCUCAAACAUAUCACUAAAUUUGUCGUCUCUAAUUAGGUAUUUGCAGAUUGCAUUUAACAGUGUUUCAGGUCUAGAUGCUGGGGCAUUUUGGCUCAUACCUAACAUUGAAGAGCUCUAUUUGAAUGACAAUAAUCUGUCACUAGAUUCGUCUACCUACCCUGAAAAUGUUUUUCUGUCUCUACAAAAGCUUCAAAAGCUCCAUAUCCAUAACAACGACAUUCGUCCUUGGGGUUCCUAUCCAGACAAUGCAAUAGGAAAACUGAGAAAUCUCAAAGAAUUGAAAAUUGACACAUUUACAAUGAGGAAGUCCCUGACAAGAAAUGAUUUCCCCAAUGAUGCGUACAUCGGAUAUAGCGACAACGACUACCAGUAUAUUUGUCACACUGUGAGAGAUCACCUGGAGAAUCAGAAUGGGAUUAAACUGUUCCUCAAGGACAGAGAUACCAUCCCUGGAGGAGAAAUCGCCGAGGACAUCAUUGACGGUAUAGACUCCAGUUGGAAAAUCUUGCUAGCUCUCAGCCAAUCAUUUCUUGAGGAUCAGUAG